AUGAAUUUUUCAAAAAGUGUUCAAAAUUUAUUGAAUGUUGCCAUCUGUCAGAAAGCCAGCUUACUCCCAGGAAGCCAGCUUACUCCCAGGAAGCCAGCUUACUCCCAGCUUACUCCCAGGAAGCCAGCUUCCCAGGAAGCCAGCUUACUCCCAGGAAGCCAGCUUACUCCCAGGAAGCUUACUCCCAGCUUACUCCCAGGAAGCCAGCUUACUCCCGGGAAGCCAGCUUACUCCCAGGAAGCCAGCUUACUCCCAGGAAGCCAGCUUACUCCCAGGAAGCCUUACUCCCAGGAAGCCAGCUUACUCCCAGGAAGCCAGGAAGCCAGCUUACUCCCAGGAAGCCAGCUUACUCCCGGAAGCCAGCUUACUCCCAGGAAGCCAGCUUACUCCCAGGAAGCCAGCUUACUCCCAGGAAGCCAGCUUACUCCCAGGAAGCCAGCUUACUCCCAGGAAGCCAGCUUACUCCCGGGAAGCCAGCUUACUCCCAGGAAGCCAGCUUACUCCCAGGAAGCCAGCUUACUCCCAGCUUACUCCCAGGAAGCCAGCUUACUCUCGGGAAGCCAGCUUACUCCCAGGAAGCCAGCUUACUCCCGGGAAGCCAGCUUACUCCCAGGAAGCCAGCUUACUCCCAGGAAGCCAGCUUACUCCCGGGAAGCCAGCUUACUCCCAGGAAGCCAGCUUACUCCCAGGAAGCCAGCUUACUCCCAGGAAGCCAGCUUACUCCCAGGAAGCCAGCUUACUCCCGGGAAGCCAGCUUACUUCCGGGAAGCCAGCUUACCCCCAGGAAGCCAGCUUACUCCCAGGAAGCCAGCUUACUCCCAGGAAGCCAGCUUACUCCCAGGAAGCCAGCUUACUCCCAGGAAGCCAGCUUACUCCCAGGAAGCCAGCUUACUCCCGGGAAGCCAGCUUACUCCCGGGAAGCCAGCUUACUCCCAGGAAGCCAGCUUACUCCCAGGAAGCCAGCUUACUCCCAGGAAGCCAGCUUACUCCCAGGAAGCCAGCUUACUCCCAGGAAGCCAGCUUACUCCCAGGAAGCCAGCUUACUCCCAGGAAGCCAGCUUACUCCCAGGAAGCCAGCUUUCUCCCAGGAAGCCAGCUUACUCCCGGGAAGCCAGCUUACUCCCGGGAAGCCAGCUUACUCCCGGGAAGCCAGCUUUCUUCCAGGAAGCCAGCUUACUCCCAGGAAGCCAGCUUACUCCCAGGAAGCCAGCUUUCUCCCAGGAAGCCAGCUUACUCCCGGGAAGCCAGCUUACUCCCAGGAAGCCAGCUUACUCCCAGGAAGCCAGCUUUCUCCCAGGAAGCCAGCUUACUCCCGGGAAGCCAGCUUACUCCCAGGAAGCCAGCUUACUCCCAGGAAGCCAGCUUUCUGCCAGGAAGCCAGCUUACUCCCGGGAAGCCAGCUUACUCCCAGGAAGCCAACUUACUCCCGGGAAGCCAACUUACUCCCAGGAAGCCAGCUUACUCCCAGGAAGCCAGCUUUCUCCCAGGAAGCCAGCUUACUCCCAGGAAGCCAGUUUACUCCCAAUAAGCCAUCUUACUCCCGGGAAGCCAGCUUACUCCCGGGAAGCCAGCUUACUCCCGGGAAGCCAGCUUACUCCCGGGAAGCAGUUUACUCCCGAGAAGCCAGCUUACUCCCAGCAAGCCAGCUUACUCCCAGCAAGCCAGCUUACUCCCAGCAAGCCAGCUUACUCCCAGCAAGCCAGCUUACUCCCGGGAAGCCAGCUUACUCCAGGAAGCCAGCGUACUCCCAGGAAGCCAGCUUACUCCCAGGAAGCCAGCUUACUCCCGGGAAGUCAGCUUACUCCAUGA